ACGAUUGAACAGCAAGUAGGAGAAACUUUUGCCUCCUUUUAUCAACGAUAAAUUAAGUGUUCCUCUGAUUUGACGACUGAUUAAGUUCCCGUUACUGAGAAGUGAAAGUCCGAGUACAGGCUUCGAGGUGCGCUACGAGUAUCGGCGUGGAAGAACGCAAGGUUAUUUCACGCGAGACACAAGACAAGGAAGAUGGCCGGCUCGGGGAACGCUUGUGAUGCCGGUACGUUCUUGCAGAAACUCGGCCUGCGGCCGGUGACGAGAUGCAGCCUCGCGAAAUUCUACGCGCCGGCAUACGGGGCGGCCUCGUACACCGCGAUGUCCAUCAAUGUCAUGAACCCCAGCCUUGUCAUCAAAGUAUUUCCGAAGAAGGAUAUCACAAAUUUCUUACUGGCCGGCACUCUGUUCGGCACUGGAUCCUAUAUUUACACACGUGAGCACAUGAAGAAUGCGCCAGAGCGCCAGAGAAUCCUGUACAGUGUCACUGGUGCGGUAUUGCUGAGCUUCGGGUCGGUCUUACUUUGGGCGGUGCUCCGAGCGAUAAUACCACCGAAUCCAGCCCUCUGCACGAUAGCCGGUGUUAGCAGCGGAUUAGCGCUCAUGAAAGUUAGCGCGAGCUAUCUUCAGUUUGUGGAUGGACAGAUAGUUAAAAAGUAGGCUGCUUCUGUGUAUUUUCGGUUCUUGUUCUUUUGCUUGUUUUUUAUAUUUCGAUUGAAACCACUACUAUUGAAUAAUAUCACAGAAGGGAAUCACGAUGGGACGGGAAACUUGUUGCACAAGAGUCGUAACUUAUAACACAAGAGAGACAGAGAGAAAGAGAGAGAGAGGAAGAGAGACAUUGUAUCCGAAUAUUGAAGCGUUACGUUUCAAACGAUUGUCUUCGCGACGAGACGGAUCAUCGAGAAUCGUGUAUCAUGUUAAACCAAAAAAAAAAAAAA